AUGUCCAAUGAUAGUGCCGACGUCUUCCUACAGGUGUGGAUAGGCGAGCAACGCUCACUUGGCCAAGGACUACCUUCCGCGUACAGUUCUGUAUUUGGUUGGGUGCUAAUCGGUCCAGUCUUGCAAGACGUUAGCUCUAACGCACACUGUAUGUUGGCAACUGUCAAUCCAUCUAUAGAAUCGUUGAUGGAAAGAUUCUGGGACGUAGAAGAGCCAGAAGAGGCACCUCUACAAUUCACCGAUGAGGGAUGCUGUGAAGCUAGGUUUAAAGCUGAGACAAUCAUUGAUGAACGCGGUCACCACUGUGCGACGGAUAUUUAUUCAGACUGUGGUACAAAUUUUGUAGGUGCGUCAAGGCAGCUCCGCCAAUUCUUUUUAGAUUCGACAGUUCGGUUCCAAGUUAGUUCACACCUCCCAUGCAGCUGGCAUUUCAAUCCUCCUAGUGCUCCGCACUUUGGGGGUCUUUGGGAAGCAGCAGUGAAAUCAAUGAAAAAAUUGUUGGUUGGGACAGUAGGAGCCCAUACUUUAACCUUCGAGGAACUUGCAACUGUUGUUUGUCGUAUUGAAUCUGUUUUAAACUCCAGACCAUUGACACCGUUGUCCUCUGAACCUGGGGAUUUAGAGAGUCUGACACCUGGUCAUUUCCUGACGGGUCAGCCGCUCUUGUGUGUUCCGGAGCCAGACGUGUCGGUUGCUCCCAGUCGUUUGGUUUCGCGGUGGAAGCUCCUUCACCAAUGCCACCAAGCGUUCUGGAAACGAUGGUCCUUGGAGUAUCUAAACAAUUUGCAGAUACGCUCGAAAUGGACAGCCAGUGACACUCCGCUCAAGGUAGGUGAUCUUGUGUGCAUCAAGGACGACCUGUCUACGCCGUUAUGUUGGCGAUUAGGUAGAGUAACCGAGUUGUUAUCCGGUCAGAAUAGGGUUGUUCGCGUAGUCAAGCUUUUGACAGGGCAAGGUACGCUUGUUAGACCUGUGGUCAAGCUAGUUCGCUUACCCACAAAAUAAAAAUUAGGCACUUACUAUAAAUUUGGGUUUCCUUCGUGUUCCCGAGGGUACCACUGUACAGUUUACUUGCUUGUUCCAUUCGUGAUCACUAGGUUUUGUGUUUAACCCGCUUUGUUAUCGGUAUGGGCGCCAAUGACUCGGGCAAUGAUCAAGAUGGGAUUAUUUUUGUUUGUGUAAUUAUUUUAUAUUAUUUGUUGUGAUCUUUUAUGUAUAUUAUGUUGUAAAAAUCAUGGAACUAGGGACUCCUUUGACUUUAUCCGUUUCCUCCCUGGACAGCUGAACCACAUCCACCAUAUCAAGAGUUCCAGUUCUCGAGCUUUGGAAGACGGAGUCUCCCAAGGGGGGAGUAUGUUCGCGCAAGUUGG